UGGUCAGUGUUAUUGAAGCUUCCGUCGUCGACGUCGAUCCAUCCACGGUGAAAGCAGCUACGAGUAUGUAGAUCAAGAGGGACGGAGCUCUAUAAUUGGGUUGUCGGCCGUGGCCCACGCGAGACUCGAGAGACGUAAAAAUAUCUCAGAAGAAAAUGCUACCACCAAGGGUCGUCAGACCAAUGGUUCUCGCUGCUGCGCUCCUCGUCGUGGCGGCGCUCCUGGCGCAGCCGCUCGGGAGCCACUCCGGCGCCGGGGACCUGCACCCGGUCGUGCUCGUGCCGGGCUACGGUUCCAGCCAGCUGGAGGCGAUGCUGACGGCGGCGUACCAGCCCCCGGCGCCUGCCUGUGCCGGCGUCGCGGACCAGGGCUGGUUCCCGCUCUGGCCAAACCACACGGCGAUGCGCGAUGCUAGCCAGGUCCCCUGCUUCGCCGACCAGAUGAGCCUCGUCUACGACGCCGGCGCCGACGACUACCGCGACGCCGUCGGCGUCGCUACCCGGACCCCGUUCUUCGGCUCCGUGCGCGCCCUCAUCGGGUGGGACAAGCUCGUGCAGCAGCUGGAAGGCAUGGGCUACCGCGACGGCGAGACCCUCUACGCCGCGCCGUACGACUUCCGCUACGCCGUGGCGCCUCCCGACCACCCAUCCGCGGUGGGGGACCGCUACUUCCGCGACCUCGGGCGCCUCAUCCAGGCGGGCCGUCUCAACCAUGGCCGCCCGGCCAUCGUGGUCGCGCACAGCUUCGGGUGCGCGCUCACCUACCAGCUCCUCCUCUCCCGCCCGCUCGCCUGGCGCCGCCGCUACGUGAAGCACGUCGUCCUCCUGGGCCCCGCGCUCGGCGGGUUCGCCGCGGGGAUGUACGCCCUCAGCGCCGGCAUGGACUACGGCCUCCCGAACGUCACGCGGCCGACGAUGCUCCGGCUGGCGCGGAGCCAGCAGAGCGCGCUGUGGCGCCUGCCGACGCCGCUGGUGUUCGGGGACCGGCCGCUGGCGGUGACCAGGACCGCCACCUACUCGGCGCGCAACAUGUCGGAGUUCCUCGAGGCCAUCGGCUUCGCGGAAGGAGUGCGGCCGUACUUGACGCGGGUGCUGCCGAUGUGGGAGGCGCUGCCGGCGCCGAUGGUGCCGGUGACCAGCGUCAUCGGGUUCGGUGUCAGGACGCCCGAGACGUACGUGUUCGGGGCCGAUGGGCUCGAGGGGGAGGCCGAGGUGCUGUACGGCGACGGCGACGGGGACAUCAACAUGGUAAGCCUGGCGGCUGUCGAGAAAUGGUCGGAGGUGGAAGGCCAGGUCUUGAAGGUCGUUAGGUUGCCCGGCGUCCAUCACGGUGGUUUCUUCAGUAUUGAUUUCGCAAUGAAGAGCGUACUUGCUGAGAUAUCGGAGGCAGGAGAGAGUAUAGAACAGAUCGGCGUUGUGUCGUGUGAGCAAAAAUGCAGUGAUUACUGAAAAUUGGUGGUCGGAUCCUAAAACCCCUGUUGUGCCUGAGGAUAGGAGUACUAGUGUGAUGUCAGGGUUAACAAGCGGCGGCUGGCAACAAGGAGCGCUUCUACUGCUGGACGUCCGACAAUACCUGUUACGGCGACGACGUCAACUGAUACCAUGGGAUAGCAGCGUCUCAGGCGGUUGCCUAACGUCUGUAACGGCGUGUCCUGGCUGGCGUAUAUAAUGCUCUGUAAUCGGUGGAGUCGGCAUCGGACCUUACUGAAUACGUAGCUCUGAAUCGUUUCCCACUGUUGUUCUUGCUUUUCCCCUUUCUGAACUCCUGAACUCCAGCUAUUUCCCGAACUCGAUUCUAUCUCCAGUGAAUCCUUUGUGGAUUCGUGACAUGUGAAUUAUAUUUGUCACCUGUGAA